CUAGGACUGACUGGGUGAAGUUAUAUUUCCAGCGCGGUGCACCUACGAUCCACUUGUGCCCGAUUUGAAGAGUAUCCCCAAAAGUUUAUUCGUGCUGUGUAUGUACGUGAUGUAAAUGAGGACAAAGGAAUUGAAGCAAUUCAGUAGAAUAACCUUUCUGAUGAAGAACACUGUAUUGCUUGUCAUUUGGCUUGAGAUGCUUUGGGUGAGAAAAGUGUCAUCGUUUGAGACCCCAGCUGCAGGGUCCGGUACUCUCUCGGUGAAACUUAUACAGUUUGAGAACGAAAACGGGUUGAAAUACGACAAAACAAAAUGUGAUACCAGUUUUUUCCCACAACCUUGUUUACAUGCCUUUAUAAUAAAAAUCACUAUACCAAGUGGUUGUAGUGGUUUGGUAUGUUCACGUACCGUAGAGUCUAAGGAAUACACAGGCAAUAUUGUGUUAUUUGGACAGUAUCUAGACGAUGGCAAAAAAGAACAAAAUCCUUUUCAAGUGUCCUUCACAAAUUGGCCGGGUGAAUUUUCGUUGGAAGUGACUGUGUACCACAAAAAGGCAUCUCUUGGGGACAAGGACAAUCUGGUCGAUAAAUAUAUAGAAUCCGAUGUUAAACUGAAUGCCAGGAAUACGACACAUGUGACGCUUAUAGGGAAAACUAUUAAAACUAGUUUAAACGUCCAGUUCAACGUGAGCUGUAGCCCAGGGCUGUAUGGUCCAAGGUGUAUGUGCAAACCCAUAUCUUCUCUCCAUAUUUGUACAGACAACGGAAAACUAUCCUGUAGAAAAGGCUACGUUAAAUCUGGGAACAACUGCGUACCAAUAACAACUUCUCUGGAAACAACCACAACAACAGGAGCAGAAACUAGGACAACACAAUCAGAAACAAUCAGGACUAAAACGGAACCAACAUUUGUAACAGACACACCGAACUUGUAUACACGUGCUACCACGACAGGUACUACAGAAAUACCCUAUUUACUGAGCACGUUGGGUAUAAAAAUGGAUUCUACAACAAAACAGGAACCAAGCGCAGGAACUGAAACGACAACAAUUCACACAAAGGAGGAAAGUACCAAAGACACAACUAGUGCUAAUGUAGUAUUCGUAUCUUCAGCAGGGACACUGCACAAUCAUAAGAUAUUCUCGAGUUAUCCAACACUGAAAGACACUGACAAAAAGUUUACUGUAAAUACUGAACAUGUCACUUUGAAAUCCGAAACGAGUCAGCCCACGAGUAGCAGUGCACUCAGUUACACCACAGAGGAAAUGGCACGUACUCCGACAGCAAAUAAUGCAACUUUAAUAUCCGAAUUCAAAACCACAACAGCGGCAUUGGAGUUAAUAACUUCGAGAACGACCGACGAGAAUUCGAUAUCGAAGACUACAGCAGCAGAACUAAAAACAACUUUUCCACCCACAAACCUAUUUACACUUUCUCAGGCAAGGUCCACAGUCUUACAAGAGUCUACCUUACGUUCACAAAUGGGGAAUGAAGCAAAUUUUACCUCUGUACCAACAUCUGAUCCUCCAACAACAGAAACAUUGACGAUUACGCUGGCACCGACCAUGUCAUUUAAAAUUUCAUCAAAAUUUGUAGAACAAACUACGAUGUCGCAAAAACUCGUCACACUGCAAUCUUCUAGGACAACUCAGUCAGUGUCUGUGUCUAGAUCAACUGAGUCAACGACUGCAGCAGCGAAUGAACUUAGCACGCGUUUACAACUGGGAAAUGAAGAAAAUUACAGCACUGCUCAAACAAGUGAUGCACCAAUAACAGUGACAUUACCCACUGUGAUGUCUGCGUCAGUGACACGUGAAGCUACGGAAAAAUCUAUGAAACCGACUACAACGUCGGAAGAACUCGUCACAGUGCCAGUGAUAUCCACACAGGCGAGGUAUUUUCCUUCGUCCACCCAAUUAAGGCUAGCAACAACAGCGUGGUCAAAACUUUCAACAAAAGCACCCCGAAUGUCUUUACAUACGGCGGCUGUUUCAACUGCAAAGCAAGCUUUCACAUUUUCCUACUAUAGGCCUACAAAAGAUAGAAUGAAUUCGAGACUUUCGACAUAUUUGAGAACAAUUUCCCCCAAAUCACUACAAUCCACCACCACGAAUACAAAAGCCCACACGACCAGGGGUAGAAACAAGAAAUAUAGUUCUGGCACGAUGAACUCGAAAGCACAAGAGGUUACUGCAGUUUAUAACACAGCUUCAACAACCCAAACAACCAAUGAGCCAACUAAAACUGAACAGCCGCACUCUCCCGACUCAACUGUAGACCUACACUUUAAGGUUUCAAAAAGGAAUCCUCCGUCAGCUACAACGAAAAAAGAACAGGGGCGAAGCAGCAUGAAGCCUGCAGAAGUCACAAUGAGCACCACUGUUCAAGUGAAUGGUGCAACAGACGGCCACGAGAGCAACAGCCCUGUAAUCUCGUUCCUCUCGCGUUUCAGGACACCGUUGGCUUCAGUAGGGUUUUUAUUGGUUUUUGCUGUCGUUAUUGUGAUUGUGGCUGUCAAGUGGAACUGCUCUAAAAGGAGCAAGAAAUGCGACUCUAAGGUGGAGCACUACAGCGAAUCUACGUAUUCGUCAGAGAGCCUGCGAUCAGCCCAAAGGCCAACAAUAGGACCCAAUGUAGCGGCGCAUUUGGACAGAAAUUGUCUACUCUGGCAGGAUAUGUCUAAAACAAACAAUUUGGGGCCCAUAGAACUUCCGAGAAUUAAACUGAAUACUUUACGUGACUAUUCAAAAGAAAAGCGCAAUGGAAGAAAUUGUCGUUAUAAAGAUAGCACUAUCUAAGACAUUUUUCAGCUGGAAGAUCCGAUUUUUCGAGUUUUAUAAAAUAUAUUGAAUGUUAUAGAGCCAAGUGUUUUUUGUUAUAAAAGUGAAAUUCCAUUUAACAAGAACUGUACCCUGAAAUCUGUUCCCCUAAAAUUUAUCAGAAAUUUGGUAAAUUUUACAAAAAUCACGUUUUGUCAAGUUUUGAAUAAAGAAAUAUCAGAAGGCAAGACAUAAUUGUUAUGGCAUAGUUGAUGUUGGGAGAAUAGCAGACUGUAAA